AUCUUCCAAAUCAUCCAGUUCACGAUUUCUAUCCUCGCUCUGGCCUAUCUUCAAGCCCUGAUUGCCUACUACACUGGGAAGCCAAUCAUUCGGGAUUGUGAGAGAAUCGAGGAGGCGGAGGAGGAAGAGGAAGAGGGGCCUGAAAACGGGGACCAAGAGGACGUCUGGGAAGUGCCCCGCAUUGUGGUCUGUCCACCCUCCACCGAUGAGUUGUCCAUCUUCUGCGAACCAGCGGCACCGGCGUGGAAUCAGACACGGAGCUCUGUGAUGGCCGGCACAGAAACCGAAGACAUGAAGGGAGCACUGGAUAGUAAGUUGAUUCCUUAUGCGAGGUACCAGCCUCCUGUAACUGCUUGGGUAUCCAUAUCUGCUGGAGACAGUGGAAUCAUUAGCAGGCCUUGUGUUCGCAGAAAUUGGUGGUGA